AUGUGCUCUCUGCCCAUGGCAAGAUACUACAUAAUUAAAGAUGCCAAUCAGAAAGCUCUGUAUGCAAGAGACGGCCAGCUCCUGGUAGGAGGUUCUGAAGCAGACAACUGCUCUGCAGAGAAGAUCUGCAUACUUCCCAACAGAGGCCUGGACCGCUCCAAGGUCCCCAUCCUCCUGGGGAUCCAGGGAGGGAGUUGCUGCCUGGCAUGCGUGGAGACAAGGGAUGGGCCUACUGUGCAGCUGGAGGAUGUGAACAUCGAGGACCUGUACAAGGGUGGUGAACAGGCCACGCGCUUCACCUUCUUCCAGAGUAGUGUGGGAUCCACCUUUAGGCUCGAAGCUGCUGCCUGGCCUGGCUGGGUCCUCUGUGGCCAAAAAAAACCGGCUGGCCAAGGAGAGUGA